UAUUGUCGAAUAGCUCGAUUUAUCAUCGAUUUUUACGCAAGAAUACGAGAAGGAUAGGAGAAUAAUCGCAUGAGUAUUUUGGUGGGCCCAAACAUGGAUCUUGUAGUUAGAAGUCCUACCGGGGAUUGCACUGUUAUUGUUCGAAAUUCGGAAAGCACGAACAGUUGUGCUUAAUAAUCCAUUAGCACUGAAGCUGACGAUGUCAGACAGUGGAGCUAUCCGUAAGCGGAGUCUCAUAUAUCUCCUUUUAGUUGAGAAGCCUAAAGCAUUGCGGAUCAGUUAAUUUUAGAAACAUUGCUUUUAGAGUAGAGUCAACGUUAGCCCGUGGAUCUUCAUAUGUAGCAAAUUCCACGUAGUGAGACCUGGGUCGAUAAUACUUGCGAUAUAUUAAAAUCUAAUUGUAAAUCAGGUGUCUUUGAAUCAUCAUGUUACUGCACAGUGUUGCAUUGAAUAUUGGGUCAAGAAGCAUUAGCACUUCUGCUACUUCCAAUCAAAUUAUUAAAUUAACUCGAUUAAGAGUUGUCGAUAACAGUGAGAUAGGAAAAAAAGCUAUGUUAGAAGGAAAACCACCACGUUGUAUUCAUGUUUAUAAUAAAGUAGGAGUUGGGUAUAUUGGUGACAGAGUAUUAGUCGCUAUAAAAGGUGAAAAGAAGAAAGGCAUAUUAGUUGGCUUAAAGCAAAAUCAAAAUCCAAAAAUACCAAAAUUUGAUUCUAAUAAUAUAGUUCUCAUAGAUGACAAUGGAACACCUUUAGGUACACGAAUACAUGUACCAAUACCCCAUAUAUUAAGAACAUUAUUGAAAGAAAAAACUCAUAGCAAAGGAGCAGAUUAUACAAAGUUGCUCGCUAUUGCCUCAAGAUUUGUAUAAAAUAUGUUGAGUGAAUAUAUUUCUCUGUACAAAGUUUACAUAAAAUAAGAUAUAAUAAACAUCAUAUGUG